CCCACGCCAUACACCCCCAAAUACACUUACUCGCACUUUCAAAUUCCUUCACGAUACUAGCAUCCUUAUUUUUUUUAUUUAUUUUUUAUUUUUUUAACCUCCUCUCCCUUAAUCUAUGGUUGCCCCACAUCCUUCGAUCUUUGACAACUCAUUGAUCAUCGCUACUAUUGUUGAGCUGCUGCAGCCAAAGGACAUUUGGCAAUGCUAUCGAGUCAGCAAGCUAUGGAGUCUUAUUUUUGGACCACAUCGCUUUCGGGAUGUGAUGGCCUACAGCCUCGACUCAGUUCAAACAUCCAGUAUCCUUGAAAACACACAUCGAAUCCGAAACCUAACAAUUGACCUCGCUGAUGCACGACUCCUUGUCCACAGCUCUGGCUGCACGCUUUUAAAAACGCUCUCGUGUCUCAACCUCGGAUCCUUGGCCUGGCCACCGAAAGAUGAGGCUACUCGUCGUCAAUGGUACCAAUCAUACGAUCCACUCUGGGUUCGUCUUGAUCCAUCCCUAAACGCGCUCUCGUUAGUUGCAAGGAACCCUGGGCUACAGACACUUCGGAUCGAGCAUUUAAUAGAUCGAAUUUAUCUUCAACCGUUCACAGAUGAAGUUGUCAAAACCCUUUCAGUUCAUACAUCCUUAAGAAGGCUGUCGAUCAAUAUGCGGAUGGAUAUUCGCGCUCUGAUCGCAGUUCUGACCCAUUGCCCGCCCAAUCUAGAAGAGCUCGAGAUAUGGCUCGACAUCUAUAAUAAGACUGACGAAGAACCCAGCCCAAUGGAGCUAUCUCAGCCAACAGCCCUUCGAAGAUUGUUCUUCCACGAGUCUUUGUUUGAAUACGACAACAUUGUCCUGGCACCUUUAUUAAGACAAUGUCCAUCACUCGAGAUGCUAAAACUUCCGCAACUCAGCUCUGGAGCCUAUGGGGCUUUAUUGCCUGUUGUGAUCAAUUGUUGUCCAAUGCUACACACAUUCCAUCACGAUUUAGGAUACGGCGUUGGUGUUAGUAGUAUUCUCCCAUUGGUUCAGUGUAGCAGUAAUAACAAGUUACGUGAAAUGGUUUUGGAUUGUGUAGGAGAUUAUCGGGGCGAUCUGGCUAUCACAGAGUCAACUAGAACAAACCCUGGAGCGCUGAUUGAGGCACUACUAUGCCGUUCCACCCACACGAUCGUGACAUUGAAAUUUCGGGGGAGAAUGGGCCAUUGGACGUCAGGUGUGGUUACGGUGCUGGAACAGUGUCCCAAUUUGAAGGAGCUGGAGGUCCAAGGAGACUAUGUUGCACUCAGUGAGCUUGUUCGCAGAAGAAGCAGUGGCAAUAAUGCUGAAAUGUCUCCGGAAAUGGUCAAAGACAAGGAUCAGAGUAAAUCUAAGCAAGAGGUUUCGUCAAUGGAAAGGACGAUGACAACAACGACUGCGGUAACCAUUGGAUCAGUCACAAAUGCAACCCCAAGCGCAAGAGUGGUAUUAGAUUCAAAAUCAGCAUCAGUAUCAACAUCAGCAUCAAUAUCGACAACACAUUGGGCGUGCAGGAACCUUGAAUCUUUAACACUUUGGAUCGAUCAACCUUCACUCCGAGCCAUGGAUCCUGUAGUAACUAAUGGGUAUAUGUCUUCUAUAUUCUCCGUUAGUCAAAGCCAAAAUCAAGGGCAAGGACUCCUCUUUGGUAGCGGAAUAGAUAUGGAUAUAAGUAUGAGCACAGGAGAGGCGCGUGGGGAUGUACGCCAGACAACAUUCAUGCAAUUCGGGACAUUGUACCAAAUGCUUCGGGCUCAAUUAGCCCUCAAACAGCUGACACUGAUGUGGGACAAGUCUGUGUCACAGGCCAUUAGAACCAUGCUAACUGAUCAGGGGUUGCCACAGCAGUUGACGUUGGAGGAAAUACAUUGGAUGGGAUUGUAAAAAAUAAAAAUGAAUAUUGCCCAACCUUGGUUCCAUUAAUUGCCUUUUUGAAGAUGCAAAGUGCAUGAAUAAAAGCAUAAAAAAAGACCGACCCACGGGAGAAAGAAGAAUACAUGUAUAUGGCAUCAUACAUGGGCAGCUUGGAGAUUGGAGUAAAAAAAAGAAGAAAG